AUGGCUUUCCAUUUCGAUGCCCAGGCCGAUUCCUCGGACGAUGAAGGUGCCAUGGACUUGUCGGCUUGGAAGGCGGGAGCAAAGCGUGUCUCGCCAGUGGGUGGACGUGGACGUGCUCCUGUGGCGCCCAUGAUGGGAAGCUCGGCGCAGCAACAGAAGGAGGAUAGCAGUGCAACACCGAGUCUUUCCAACUUCCAGACUGGCAGCAAAGGCAAGGCUCCAGCUUCGCCCGCGCCGCCAACGUUCCAACCCAUCAAUGACUUCGACCGGGAAUCUUCAGCUGGGGAGCCAGAUCUCGAUAUCCAGUCCAUCUCAUCCGUUGAGCCAGCAGAAGCUCUGGACGAGCRAGAGCAAGAGCCGCACAGCAACGGGUCAACGGCUCCACGGAAGCUGGUGGUUCGCAUUUCAAGGACGGAGGGCGAUGACCGAGAUGAUUAUGAAGACUUCACGACCGGAUCUCAGAGAGUGCGGCGCGUGAAGUGGGAAGUUCGCCCGAUAAAUCGCGAGAUCGCAUACCAGGUCCAGUUCGACGAUUUCCACGAGGAAGCGAUCGCGUUCGGAGACUUGCUGGAGCUUGAUAACGGCCAAGAAGCCCUCGAAGACUACACCAACAAUCCGCCCUCGGGAGAGGAAGAAGAGCGCUUCCAACCACAAAGUCGCAAGCAAAGUGGUCGAUCAUCAAGGAUGACCACCACACGCCCCAAUCGGCGAGCGUUCCACGAGCAGGGCAUGGUGAGCACCAUCGCCAAUAUCGACGGCUCCGACGAAGAAAUGUCCGAUAGCAUCACAGUCGCGGCUACCCGGACUCGUGGUCGUAAACGCAAGCAAGAUGACACCUUCGCCGAGCAGGAUUCCGAAGCAUCUGAGGAUGAAUUGGCGAAGCCGACCCGUACUGGCCUCCGUAACCCACAGACCUCAGGCCGAAACACUCGUACACAACGCGUGUCCACUGGCUUGACCGACGACGAGGACGAUGAAGAUGUUGACAGCGACGGACUUCCGUUCUUGCAGUCCGAUCUGCCGGGCACCAAGCGUCGCCGUACCAAGCAGCCAAAGUCAUCACGCACCAGCAAGAUCAAGGUCCAAAGCGAAGGCAUGCGUCAAUCUGGACGCAGCACACGCCAUACGGGUGCCAUGCAAGAGGUCGAAAUGGACGAUAUCUAUCGAUCCGAAUCAGACGAGCCACGUGCACCUGCAAAGCCAAAGCAGCUGGGCGUCCGCGAAGUGUUCAAGCCACGUCCUAGAGGCGAUGAGUUUCACAUGCGGCACAAUCCAUUCUGUGAGACCUGUGGCCAGGGACCCAACUUUGCACCUCUCAUCGACUGCCAAGGCUGCUCUUUGGUGUACCACAAGUCCUGCCUUGGUCAUCGUACCGGAAGAGAACACCUUGUCACCAAAAUUGACGAGGACGACUUCGUGCUACAGUGCCGUCGUUGCUUGGGAGUCGCCCACAAGAAAGACCCCAUGGCGCCAGACCAAGGCAAAUGCCAAGACUGUCGACACCACGGUGCCGCCUGCAGACCAUUCCGCCCGCGCAAGACACCCGCCCAGGAGCAAAAGGAUCGCGAAGACAAUGACGGUGUUGAUCCCAGCUACGAAGUCGAAGAGCAUCGGAUCAACAACGCGGAUAACGUCCUCUUUCGUUGCACGAACUGCUUUCGUGGCUUUCACUUCGAACAUCUUCCAUCCCGUGCGGACUAUCCAACAAUGGAUCUUGGAGGUGAGGUCGAUAUUGAGCAGCGCUUCCGUGAAUACAGUCGAGAUUGGAAGUGCAAGGAGUGUGCGGAGAUGCCUGCGAAGAUAUCUGGGCUUGUCGCAUGGAAGCCGGUAGACGAGGACAAUUAUGACUCUACUCUCGGUGUCGACAGCGUCGAGGAGGAGCAUAAGACCUACUUGGUGCGCUGGGACGGGAUGUCAUACUUCCGUGCUCAGUGGAUGCCUGGUCCUUGGGUUUUUGGUGUUGCUGCGCCUAGUAUGCGCAAGGCAUUCUUCAAACGCGAGGAUGCUCAGCAUCCAAAGAUGCGGACAGAAGAUGCCAUUCCCGAAGACUAUCUGCGCACUGACAUUGUGCUUGAUAUCAAAUUCACCAGCAUUGUCGAUAUCCACACAGAGGAGGUCGAUAAGGCGCGGAUUCGUGAGGUCGACAAAGCACUCAUCAAAUACAAGGGUUUGACUUACGAGGACGCUGUGUGGGAGGCACCUCCAUCCCCCGAAGACGGCGAGCGUUGGUCUGACUUUGUGAUGGCAUACAAUGACUGGGUCGCUGGCCGCUAUGUCCGAAUUCCGAAGCCUGGCGCAUUGAAGUCUCGACUGGAGAAGCUCCGCAAGGAGGAAUUCAACAAGCUGGAGAAGACCGGGCAGCCAGAAAACAUUCAAGGUGGCACCUUGAUGGAGUAUCAAGUUCAGGGUCUCAACUGGCUAUACUACAAGUGGUUCACUCAAAGCAAUGCUGUACUCGCAGAUGAGAUGGGUCUCGGCAAGACGAUUCAAAUCAUCGGAUUCCUGGCCACUCUCAUUCAGGACCACAGUUGCUUCCCCUUUCUCGUCGUCGUUCCAAACUCGACAUGUCCAAACUGGAGGAGAGAAAUCAAGCGUUGGGCCCCAGGAUUGCGUGUUGUCGCGUACUACGGCUCCCGCGAGAGCAGAGAUCUUGCGCAACGGUACGAGCUUUACCCAGAGGGCAGCAAGGAUCUUCGAUGCCACAUUGUUGUCACGAGUUAUGAUGCUGCUGCCGAUGAGAACUGCCGCAAGUUCUUCAAGGGCGUGCCGUGGCAAGGAUUGAUCGUGGACGAAGGUCAGAGGUUGAAGAACGACRAGAACCUUCUUUACUCGGCACUGAGUGCCCUCAAGACGCCAUUCAAGAUCCUCCUCACUGGUACUCCUUUGCAGAACAACCAGCGCGAGCUUUUCAACUUGUUGCACUUUCUUGACGAUAGCAAGAACGCGGCGCAAUUGGAGGAGCAAUUUCAGGAUCUCAACGAGAACAACCUCGGCCAGCUGCACGAGAUGAUACGACCCUAUUUCUUGCGACGCACCAAGGCACAGGUGCUCACCUUCCUGCCUCCAAUGUCACAGAUUAUCGUCCCGGUCAGCAUGACCAUCGUGCAGAAGAAGCUUUAUCGAACGAUCAUGGCUAAGAAUCCCGAGCUCAUGCGACAAAUUUUCAGCAACGACCCUGGCGUCAAGGAUAAGGAGAAKGGUAGUCUCAACAACAUUCUCAUGCAGCUCCGCAAGUGUCUCUGCCAUCCAUUCGUGUACAACAAGAGCAUAGAAGACAAGAACGUCGACGUCGCUUCUUCACAUCGGAACCUGGUGGACGCUAGCAGCAAGUUGAAGCUUCUCGAACUUCUUCUCCCCAAGCUUCAGGAACGCGGUCACCGCGUGCUGAUAUUCAGUCAAUUUCUGGACAUGCUCGACAUGGUGGAGGAUUUCCUGGAUGGCAUGCAGCUGCGAUAUCAGCGACUCGACGGCCAGAUCAGCUCAUUGGUCAAGCAGAAGCGCAUCGAUGAGUUCAACGCGCCCAACUCUGCCUUGUUCGCAUUCCUUCUCUCUACACGAGCCGGCGGUGUCGGUAUCAACCUUGCAACCGCAGACACUGUCAUCAUCCUCGACCCGGAUUUCAACCCGCAUCAGGACAUUCAAGCUCUUUCCCGUGCGCAUCGCAUUGGUCAGAACAAGAAGGUUUUGUGCUUUCAGCUCGUCACGAGGGACAGCGCCGAGGAGAAGAUCAUGCAGAUUGGCAAGAAGAAGCUUGCCCUCGAUCACGUCUUGAUUCAGGGAAUGGAUGCGGAAGAAGCUGAUCAGGAUGACCUCAUCUCGGUUCUGAAGCAUGGAGCGAAUAAAGUAUUCAGUGACAACGACGCUCAUGACGUUGUUUACGACAAUGCCAGCGUGGAGAGACUUCUCGAUCGGAGCCACAUUGAGAACACAGGUGCGAAUAAGAGCGCAGAGACACAGUUCUCGUUCGCUCGUGUCUGGGCCAACGAUCAAGGUGCUUUGGAGGAAGCACCUAUCGAAGCUCAAGAGACUGCGCCUGAUACUGGCGUUUGGGWGAACAUUCUCAAGGAGCGUGAGCGUUUAGCCGCAGAUGAAGCAGCUGCAAAAGCAGAAGCGUUCGGCCGUGGCCGUCGGGCUCGCGCGGCUAUCGAUUAUGCCGGGGAGGAGAAGCCAGAAGGUGCUCCUGGUGAUGGCAUCGGUUUGACACCGAUCAAGCGCCGCAAGAAGCGUCGUGAUGAUGGUGAGAGUGACACUGAUUUCCAGGCCGACGACAGCGAGGGUGAAGACGAUGCGGAUCCUGCCGAGGGCCUUGAGCGCGGUGAUAUGGACCUCGUCGAUGGUCAUACCCGGAAGAAAAUUGAGCCGCCGCCUUUCCGCCGAGUGGUUGUUCCACCCCCAGUUGCCCCCAAGUCCGAAGAUGACACUUCUGAACGCAAAGGAGUCAACUGUCAAGCCUGUCGCACCUAUCACGUCGUCGGUAGUUGUCCCGUCAAAAUGGCAGGAGUUGAGUACUGCAAUCUUUGUGGAAUGGCCCAUUAUGGUCACGCCAGGGUGUGUCCACACAUUCAAUCAGAGACCCAGGUUCGCGCGAUGCUCGAAGCGCUCAAGUAUUCGAACGAACCCGAGCAUCUGGUCAAUGAGGCGAGGAGGUACCUGAGGGGUUUGAAGGGCAACUUGGUACAGCUCAAAAAGCAGCGUGAGUUAAAGGAACUAGCGGCGAAAGAAGCUCAAUAUCAGAAGCAGCAGAUGAUGAUGCCAAACGAUCCUUGGAUGGGUAUCUGA